GAGCAUUUGUACCUCGACAAGAACGUUCGGAGCUUCAAAAAGUCCAGGGAACAAGGUCAACAUCGCACCACGAGAACGUUGCCGAGUGCGUGAUCCCACAGGAAUACGCGUGAACCCGUUGGAUGUGGCAAUGGGCAGGCGAUGGUCGUGGACGUGUUUGAUCUGUCGCUUCAGCGGCGCCAAACUCAUCCUUCGACGAUCCUGGUAGUGCAGCGGACGUACGCUCAAAGCGUGUGGGCUCAUCUUCAUGAGCUGUGGUGGUGGUGCCCAUGGUGCUGACGACGCUGCAGCAGCGCGGACAGUUCGCAAAGCGCCCUGCACUCGAAACAUAUUUUGCACAUUUUAUACAUUUAGAAUGCCCUUUAAAAUGUGCAAGUUUUUAAAAGCCCUUUGAUACAAGAACUUUAGGGUGGUUGUAACGAGGGCACCAAUCACGUGGCGAUACAUGGUGGCGACUGACUUUAAGGAUCAUCAUGGGCAACAGCGACUCCAAGAGCAAGUUCCGCGAAUCGGUGUACAAGCUGAGCAAUGAGGAGGUGGCCAGUCGCCAGCUCGAGUUCUGGGACAAGCUGUGGAAGAUCCCGACAACGGCCGAAGAGAUCUUCACGCUUAUCCAGCCCGACGACAUUCGCAUGCUGCGGCAAAACCAGCAGGGAAACCUCAGCACCAUGUUGACCCAAGCAAUCUCGCAGCUCCACCAGAUCGUCGAGACGCCCUUGCCAAAGUACUAUCCCCAAGCCGUCAACUGCAUCCGAGUGCUUACCCGUGUCAUGCCAUUCAUCCUCGAGGACCGAUCGGACGAGUUUGUCCAACAACUGCUGUGGGGCCCGCCACCCAACGUCAGCACUACGACCGACGCGUCCGAUGGCGACACCAGCGCGGUACCUAUGAGUUUGGCACAGAAACUUGUGGAUGCGACCCUCGGCCUGCUCUUCUUACCCGAUUUUACGGUGUCGGCUGGAGCUUACAAAGCAUACCGCGACCAACUGUCGGCGUCGGCCAACAACAACGUCGUGUACCCUCCAUUGCUAUGGUACAACGGCGUGGGGUACCCCGAUGUAUCCGCGGUGGCGUCGGUUCAAUUCGACAAGAACCGCAAGGAAGUGCUCAAGCUCCUGCUAACGUGCUUCUCCAGCAUCCUCUACCAUACUGCUGAUUCGUGCGAAGCAUAUGUCGAUCCAUUCCUAGCUUUCGCGACACGAAAGAACUCGCGAUUUGCGCCGACAUUGUUCUACUCCCUUGUGAACGUCACGCUCUUGUACGAUCCCGUGGGCUGGGGCGUGCCAUAUGCUGGCUCAAUCGUUGCGGAUGAACGGGAAACUUUGGUGGAUGUGUCCAUUCAGGUGCUGCUGGUGCUGCUCGAUUUUGGGGCCCCUGCCACCAACGUGGCCCCCGAGGACGACUCGAUUGCAGAGUUUGACUCGAACAACCAGUAUCGGGCGCUGCUGUCGUCUAUCCAGCGCGAGGAAGAUUUCGAGCUGCUUUUCAACGGUUUGGCCAAGUUGCUCAACAACUACCACCAAGCCAUGAACACGUUGCUCCCAAACUCGAUCAAACAAAUCAAAUGCCACCAGGAACUACUCGUGUUGCUGUGGAAGUUGCUUGAUGAAAACAAAGCGUUUCUCCAGUACACGUUGAAGCGCGCCGACAUGAACCGCAUCGUCGUGCCGUUGCUGUUUCUCAUGUACGAAGGCCGCAAGGAACCGUCCAAGGUUGGGAUGAUUCACAUUUGCACGUUCAUUCUGCUGCUCCUGAGCGGGGAACGAGACUUUGCCGUCAACUUGAACAAACCGUUUGAGCUCAAGUUGCCGCUGGACCUGCCGCCAUUCCACGGCAACCACGCGGACCUGCUCAUCGUGUGUCUGCACAAGGUGAUUGUGAAUGGCUACGAGAAGCUCAACUCGGUGUACAACUGCUUCCUCACCAUCGUGAGCAACAUCUCGCCGUACGUGAAGAAGCUCAACAUGGUGUCCAGCGUCCGCCUUCUCCGCCUCUUCAAGCUGUUUUCGCAGCCGCGGUACCUUUUCGACAACGACGCCAACCACCACCUUAUCUUUUUCCUUCUCGACACGUUCAACAACUUGAUCCAGUACCAGUACGAAGGCAACGAGCAGCUCGUGUAUGCGAUGGUGCAGAACAAGGAUCUGUUCCAGAAGCUCAAUGCGCUCGCCAUGCCUGCUGCUUCCGCCCACAUUGCUCCGACAACCGCGACCCCCAAGGCCCAAGACAGCUUGGACGAAGUGGAUGUCGUGCCGUCCGUGGCCGCGCUCACGGCACUUACGGACGUGAGUGGUGAUGACGUGGCAGCGCCUCCGGUCGUCGUGCCAGUCAAGUUUACCCCGACGGACGAAUGGUUGCAAGGAUGGAAGAAGAAACUCCCGAUCAACACGUCGCUGCGGCUGCUCCAGUACCUCGUCCCGCAAUUGGAAGAUGCGUGUGAAGUGGCGUCCGGGGGCAGUCUGGAUGAAGCCGCGAUCCUCGUGUUCCUUCGAAGCACGACCAUGGUAUCGAUCUCUUUAUGACGAAGACAACACAUGGAAACAUGGGGUUGUUGUAGGUGGGGCUGCUGCCGGUGCCGCAUGCGAUUGUCAUUCGAAAGUACCAAACCAACCAGUUUACAAACCUGUGGUUCACGACAUUUACAUGGGGCGUGAUCUUUCUGCGCAACCAAGUGUUCCCGCUGUUUGACGGCGCGUCCAUUACGCUGUUCACGAUCAACGUGCUUUAGGGAAAAUUGGUUGUUUGGGUGAUAUCAUGGAGGACGUAAACCAUGAAAACACAGCGCCGUUCGUCCUCGAGUGUGUAUGUACAUGGAGGGUAAUCAUGGGAUGUACUUUUUCCCCAUGGUAUUUAAAUCUAGACGUUGUGUGCAUUGUUGAA